GAGAGGACAACACUGUGAACGAGUCGAUUUUAACGGCAUUUUAACCAUCGCCAUCCUCCUAUUGCCUUAAGGAUGUCGUUUUAAAUCGCUGGCUUUUAUUGCUGAAGGACUCCAAGCCAAGUAAUCACCAAACUCGCCUGUCCACUGCAAUAUUUUGCAAGGUUUGUCAUCGACGCUGCGGGCUUUGCAGGAACCGACUUCUCAUUACAACCACCUGGUUGUGUGUUAGCAUAGAAACUCUUGUUUUGCGUGGUGAAACCUCAAAACUUAGCCAAAGCUGUGCAAAGACGCCUGCUGGGAAUCAGCUGUUAUACCACACGACAUGGCACCAACGGGGAGUUAGAAAAGUUUAACUACUGCGGCAGCUCGUUCCAUGAGUUGAGACCGUGCAAACUAUCGCAGUCUCCCCGAACCACGCACCGCUGUACUCGGACUCACUGGUGGAUGAGAGUCCAGCUACACCCUCGCUUGACUUUUGUAGAGAUUCCGACUUCUUCAUCGUCGAGUCUGGUCUGGGGAACUGUCUGCAGGACAAAAAAUGCAUUUCUCCAUCCCAGAAACGGAGGUUCGAUCGGGGGAAAAUGGCUCAACGUAUGUGGCCUACAACAUCCACGUCAAUGGCGUGCUGCACUGCCGGGUCCGCUACAGUCAACUUCUCGGCCUACACGAACAAAUGAAAAAAGAAUAUGGCAGCAACGUGGUCCCGGCAUUUCCCCCAAAGAAGCUCUUCACGCUGACCCCCGCCGAGGUAGAGCAGAGACGAGAACAGCUGGAGAAAUACAUGCAGGCCGUACGUCAGGAUUCCCUGCUUGGAGCCAGUGAGAUGUUCAACAGCUUCUUAAGAAAAGCACAGCAGGAGACGCAGCAGAUCCCCACUGAGGAGGUGGCUCUCGACAUCUGCCUGGCCAACGGUCAGAAAAUCUCCGCCGACAUUCUGACCUCAGAUCAGACGGAGGACGUGCUAGAGGCUGUGGCAACCAAGCUGGACCUUCCUGAGGAGCUGGCCGGGUUCUUCAGUCUCUUCCUGGUCCAUGAAGAUGUCGACGGAGGUUUAACAUUUGUGCGGAAGCUGCAGGAGUUUGAGCUGCCGUACGUCUCCAUCACCAGCCUGCAGUCCUCAGACUUCCACAUACUCCUGCGGAAAAGCUACUGGGACAUGUCUUACGACGGUGACGUCAUGGACAACAGGGUGGGCUUGAAUCUGCUCUAUGCUCAGACGCUGUCGGACAUUGAGCGCGGCUGGAUCCUGGUCAACAAGGACCAGCACCGGCAGCUCAAGUCUCUGCAAGAGAAAGGCUCCAAGAAAGAAUUCAUCCACCUGGCGCAGACACUCAAGUAUUACGGUUACAUCAAGUUCGACCCCUGCGUCACGGACUUCCCCGAGCCCGGCUGCCAGGUCAUCAUCAGUGCUGGCAACAAUGAGCUCAACUUCCACGUCAAGCUCCCCAACGAGCAGAUGAAGGAGGGCAGCUUCAAGGUCACACGCAUGCGCUGCUGGAGGGUCACGUCCUCGCAAGUGUCACUCUCCAAUGGCACCACCACCCCAUGCAGCUCUUCCAAGUGUGAGGUGAAGUUGGAGCUGGCCUUCGAGUAUCUCAUGAGCAAAGAUCGUCUGCGGUGGGUCACCAUCACAAGUCAGCAGGCCAUCAUGAUGAGCAUCUGUCUCCAGUCCAUGGUGGAUGAGCUGAUGGUGAAGAAGUCCGGAGGAAGCAUCAAGAAGAUGGUGAAGAAGCGACUCAACAGCUCCUCACACCGACUGGACUCCCAGCAAGCUGUGAAAUCCCCCCCUCUACUGGAUUCUCCGGAUUCAAACCGCGAGCAGAUCGUCAAGCUGUCGACCAAGCUCAGCUCCGUCUCCCUGCGAGGAAUCAGCGCCUCCAACUCGGCCAACGACAUCAGCGGCAACGAUUUCCACGGCAACUAUGCUUUCGAAGGUAUCGGAGAUGACGACCUGUAAGCUCAGAACCCCGUCCCUGCCACUCGACCCCCCCGCCACCUUCAUUCCACUGUGAGCCGAAGCUGAGUGGACACACGAUUGUAGCAUCCUCGGUCCACAAAUCUCUGCCUUAUCGCUUCCUUCGCCACAAGCUCCGCCCCCUCCGACUCACUUCUGAUCAUGGCUUCUUUGACCUGACUGGUGGACUGACCCACCUGCGGCUGUCAUACGGAGGGAUGACUGAAGAAAGGUUGGACCGGACACUAGUGACCGCCCAGCAGAUCACUCCUGAUCACAGCUGCAGUUUCACUCCAAAUCAUCCCCUUCCAUCGCGAAGACUCUCAUGCUGCCUUCAGGAACAUUCCACCGCCUUAACUCCUCCUCCUCCUCCUCUCAUCUGGAUCUCUUUGCACACGAUCCCGGCUGAGGACGAAUGUUUCCGGUGGGGACGGGGCUUUUUCCAAUCCAUUCCCGGUUUUAUUUUUUAACCAUUUUUUUAAAAAAAGGUUUUUCAUAAAAUGCCAAAUUAUAGUUUACUAAAGCAUUUUGCACAGAAUAAACCUGAAAAGUCACUUUUUUAUAUCAUGUAAUUAAGUAUUAUCGACUCGUAAGUGUAAUAAUCUGUAGCUACCUGUAAUCGCAGAUGUAACCUGAGCUGUAGAGAACAAACCUUUAAAUUGUUGUUUACAUUUUAAACGUUUACAGCUUGUUUUAGUUCCGUUUUUUGGGGUCUGGUGUCACAUGACGACGCUUUGUGUAUCGUGCCAAUCAUCCCGCGUUCCAUUCGUCGAGGGGCUUCGAUUGUGUGGCGCGAGAUUUCGUGAGACUCGCGGGUGCUUCAGUGCUGCUGAUCACGUGUGUAGAUGCCAAAAUUCUCAAAGUGCUUACUCCUCCACAACGUUUUGAUCAUCACAAUCGACCGUCUUCCAUUUGUUCUGAUGUUCAAAUAAACUCUGAAACGGAAUUUGUUUGGGUUGUUGUGGGCAUGCGCCGUCACAUCGAGACGUUGAGACGCUCUCCGUCCGACCAUCGUGGCAGCACAGAUUGCGCCACCCAGUGCCGACUUUCCAGACUACACAUACACUUAAAUUCAACAUGCGUGAAACGCGAGGAGACAGCGCCAUCCAGUGGGCAACCUUUUUUACGGUUCGAUUCACGAAA